AUGUCCGGCAAGCCCGCGAGUGUCGCCGCGGCGCGGGCGGGCGUGGCUGGAGCGCCGCGCGUGCUGCUGUACGUGGCGGAGCCCCGCCAGUUAGAGGCGGCCGCCGCCAGCCCAGACACACCGCCGCAGCGUCUCGACGCGCUCUACGAGAACCUGCCCGCCAAAACCGUCUAUAACGAUAGGAACUUCUACAAACCCUACAGUGAACCUGACAAAUUCGUCGACUCACAGACAACAUUCAUAAAAGAGCAGAGAAGUGAAGAACGGCCCAGUGACAAGAGAACCACCUGGGACAGUGAAUACUUACAGCUGGACAGUGGUGAGUUCCAGCGAUGUGGAACGGAGAUGCCCAUAAGUGUGCCUAGUGAUUCAGUGCAAAACAGUGAGAGAGAUUUAGGAAAAUAUGUGAACUACCAUCUGUUAGAACAGAGUGUAACUCACCAGUCUAUAGUGAAUCAGAGUAUAAAUAUACUGAAUAGGUCUAUAAGUGAUAAUGAGGGCAGCCCCCAGUUGGUGCGGACUGCUGAGGGUGUUGUGCUUGCUGUGUUGCCUCCUGUGCAGGAGUCAGAAAGAACUACACAAAGUGAAAUCCCACAGAGCAUUACUGUUCCACUUGGCUGGAGAAGGAUUGUCAAUGGUUUAUCAGUCCUCUAUGUCAGGUAA